UGCGCAGAAAACGUGUCGAUUUUUGAUUACGUCACACGUAUCCGCAUCUACACAGCACACGAGGAGAAAAGGAGCAUAUUCCACUCGGAUCCGUGAUCUCGGAUAUAAACCAUGGCUAAGCAGAAAACCAAGAAGUUUGCUGCAAUGAAGAGAAUGAUCAGUCUGAAAGAUAACAGGAUAAAAGAGAAGGACCGGGCCAAAGCCAAAGAGAAAAAGAAGAAGGAUCCCGCGGCGCUUAAGGAGAGAGAAGUGACAAAGUACCCAUCGUGCCUGUUCUUCCAGUACAACACUCAGCUCGGUCCACCGUACCACGUUCUAGUAGACACCAAUUUCAUCAACUUCUCCAUCAAGGCAAAACUGGACAUUGUUCAGUCUAUGAUGGACUGCCUGUACGCAAAAUGUGUCCCAUGUAUCACAGACUGUGUGAUGGCUGAGAUUGAAAAGCUUGGAAUGAAGUACAGAGUCGCGCUCAGGAUAGCCAAGGAUCCAAGGUUUGAACGGUUGCCGUGCACACACAAGGGGACGUAUGCCGAUGACUGUUUAGUCCAAAGAGUAACGCAGCACAAGUGUUACAUCCUGGCCACUGUGGACAGAGAUCUGAAGAGAAGAGUCAGGAAGAUCCCCGGCGUACCCAUCAUGUACAUCUCAAGCCACAGGUACAAUAUUGAACGGAUGCCUGACGACUAUGGUGCACCAAGGGUUUAACAUUUCUGCAGCUGAGCUCAACCUGUAAAUAGACAGUUUCCUGUUUAAUAUGACUUUCCUUUUAUGUCCAUCAAACACAGUGUGAGGUUUGAUUUGGUGAGGAUGGGCUGUGUUUGAUCUAACAGCAAAUUAUCCCCUUUUUCUGAAACUUUUUGUUACGACAAUAAAUCAAAGGUUACAAUGUC